CUUUAAUUAUUUUCUUUUUUUGACUAUUUGCAUGAGAUGUCAAAAACAACCUAUCACUCUCAGUUUUAGUGUUAUAGUCCGCAUAACGAAAACGAGUAGUUAAGCGUGAAGAAAUCAUUUGAUUCCAUAAUUUCAAUAUAUAACCCAGAAAAUGAACUUAUAGACAUGAAUUAGGAAAAGAAGGGUUUUUCACAACUCUUCGAUGAGUAUGGAUAUGUAGUCUUUCGCAAUGAAGAUUUCGAAAAAUAGAAAUUUAUUUAAAAUUUUGAUGAUGGAUUCCAUGAAUCUAUGCCUUACGAUAUUAGCCCCCAAACUUUGGAUGGUGAAUCUGUUCCUUUGUGUAUUAGCCCACAAAAUUUGGAUGAUGAAUCUAUUCCUUCUGUUAUUAAACCUCAAAAUGAUGGAUGCUAUGAAUCUAACCCUUUUAGCCCCUAAAAUUAAUUUAAAAGUCAAAUUAGCAUACCUCAACCUGAAAAUAUAGUUGAAAAACACACAAUGGAAAGAAAAUUUCCUGACAAAAAUUUUUGUAGAUAUAUACUCCUAUAUAUAUUUCGUACAAUUGAAAAUAAGUAAUAUGAGGAAAUCAUUUCAAAUAUUUGCAGCUAGUUUUAGGUCAACUACAAGGACUUUGUUCAAUACUAUAGUAAAUAAAGAGUUCUGAUUAUUGGUUACUAAGCUUUAAAAAAAGAAUUGAUUUAUAAUGAUGAUGAUUCCAUUCGAGAUCAGAAUCGUAAGAAAGCAUUUAAAGAGGUUCUGGUUUGGUAUUUAAAUAAGCUUGCAACCAAACAGAUUUUGUCAAGCAAAAAGCAAAAAAUUAAGGAUUACAUUAAAUUUAAGAAUUAUGUUAUGCUAUAUAACAUACAUAAUCCAAAAGGUUGGACGGGAAAUAAAAUAUAAUGGAAUUGAAUAUUCAAAUAUAUUAGUAACGAAUAUAUAUAAAUUUAUUUUC